AUGAAUGAUUGUACCAUCAUAUUGCCGGCGGAAAAGGACAAGUGGCUAACUUUCCGCAACGUAAACUACAAGGAGCGAGUACUCUUCAUCGUCUACGCUGACCUGGAAUGCGUACUGCGGAAGACACAACCUGAUACGGAGCCGAUGACAUAUGCCUAUCAACAACAUGAGGUAUUCAGCAUUGGAUACUACGUGCGAUGCUCGUAUGACGACGCGUUAUCCGUAUACCGGUUUUGUCGCGAUAAAGAUUGUGUCACAUGGUUCGCCAAACAACUCGAAGAAUUGGCGCAUCGAGUUAAAUGUAUUUUAUCCGCUAAUGUUCCCAUGGAAACGUUAUCAAAAGAGCAAUUGGAGGCAUACCGUAGCGCGACACAGUGUCAUAUCUGUGAAAAACCGUUUGCGCCGGAUGAUACACGGGUGCGUGAUUAUUGCCAUCUGACCGGUCGUUACCGCGGUCCCGCGCAUUCUUCAUGCAACUUAAAUUAUCAAAAUGUAUCGUACAUACCGGUAGUCUUCUAUAAUUUAUCCGGGUACGAUUCGCAUUUUAUUAUUAAGGAAAUAGCGACAAUAUUUAAAGGAAAAAUUGACUUGUUACCCGUCACAAAAGAAAAGUACAUUUCAUUCACAAAGCAUGUUAUAAGUACCGCGGAUAAAUUAGACCCGCAAAAUCAUAUAAAGCUACGGUUUAUAGACUCCUACAAAUUUUUAAAUACUAGUCUCGAAAAAUUGGUAUCAUUUCUAGAUAAAGAAAAAUUAAAAAUUGUACGUUCAAAAUUUUCACACUUGUCCGAUGAGGAUUUCGAUUUACUGACACGAAAGGGUAUAUUUCCGUGGAUUGCGUGGAUAAGCUGCAGGACACAUGUUUACCGCCGCGCGAAUCAUUUUUCAGUUCCCUGACCGAUAAC